AUGGUCGUCGGAGGCGGCCGUUCCGUCCGUGUCUCUGUGGUUGGCGGGGGAUUUGGGUUGAUACCCGAAGCCCCGAGUAACCAGAGGCGCCCGGGCGGGCGGCGCGUAAAGGAGCCCCGUGGCGCCUCGGCCCGCUUCCCGCGUACCAGCUUCCAGCGUAGGAGCAGCGGCCUCUCCAGGGAGCGGGGAAGGGAUGCUCUGGGGCUGCCCGAGCCGGUGGGCGCUUUCUCGGGCGUAAAACCCCCGCUGUGGUCGGCGGGCCUCCUCCGAAGGUAAAUGGACAGCCGGAGCCCCCUGAGCGCGGCGGGACUUGCCUGUGAGGAGACCGGCUGCGGCGGGGCGGGGCAGCGGGUUUAUGGGCGCACCGCUCCGUCGAAGCGUCCGGGGUUUGGGGGGGUGGCGGCGAGUAAGACCAGGCAUCUUGGGGCGUAAGUAGCGCAGCCUGGCGCUUUUCAAGCCGGAGGUGCGUAAAAUGCGCGUCUCACAACACAAGUACAGUGGUACCUCAGGUUACAGACGCUUCAGGUUACAGAUUCCACUAACCCAGAAAUAGUGCUUCAGGUUAAGCACUUUGCUUCAGGAUGAGAACAGAAAUUGUGCUCAGACGGCGCGGCGGCAGCAGGAGGCCCCAUUAGCUAAAGUGGUGCUUCAGGUUAAGAACAGUUUCAGGUUAAGUACGGACCGCCGAAACGAAUUAAGUACUUAACCCGAGGUACCACUGUAGCGCCGCUCCAUGGGAACAGGAGAGGAAUGGGCACUUGGAGUUUGGGAGGGUCCUCACAGGAGAUCCUGGGUGGUAUAUAAAACGCCUAGCGGAAACGAAUAUGUGUUUAAUGCAUUUUCUCUCUGUGUGUUUUAAAACACAACUCUGUAGAGCACAUGGUUUUUUCUACUUCCUCUCAGUUCUCAUAAAGCUCUGGUUGGGAUAGUGCAUGGACUUGGGUGGCUGUCAGGGGGAAAUUCAAGGAAUGUGCCUGGAAUGCUGUACACAAGGCCUCGGUUGAUGGCUGACUCCAAAAGCGAGGCUUGUCUGGGAGGAGGCUGCCUGGAGUCCCAUACAGCUGCUUGUCUCUGCUAGGUCUCUCCUUUAAGGAGGCCACAGAGGUGUGUGAGCUGGAUGACAACCAUUUGAGGUAGGUUACUAGAGUGAGAGUGGAUGAUUUACCCCAGGCUACUCAGUGAGCUUUAUAUAUGAAUGGGGAUUUGAACCUGAUCCUCUAGUCCUGGAAUAGGGUACCCUUUUCAAGUCAAGGAUGUGUUUCCUUGUGGGCAGCCUGAGGAUUGCAUGCCCCUGGUGGGUGGGGCAGGGACCAAAGUAGGUGGGGCAGGGUAUGCACCCUUGCCUUUGUACAAGCUAGGCAUGCAAAACUCUAAAGGUUUCUUACAUGCAGAACUCAGCACCCUCUGUUUGGACAAGCAAGAAGCAUUAUACUUUAUGGACCGAUUCUAGCCAGGCAAAAACACUCAAGGAAGAGCAGGGUCAGUGCGUGUUGUGGCCUUGAGAGACUUCCAAGGGCCAUUUGGAAAAGACUGGAGGGCUGCAUUCAACCCCUUGACCUAAGGUUUCUCAGCACUGCACCCAGCUGGCUGAACAAUCCUUUUACUCCAAAAGUCGCUCAUCUGCACUGUUGUGUUCUAUUAAGAACUAUGUGUUAAAACAGUUUACAUUGGAUGAUUAAUUUCAUUUUUUGUUGACAUUUGCAGAAAUACAUUUGAUACUUGAGCUUAACUUCUAUAAAGCGUAGUUACUUUUAUUAGUAAAUAUAAUUCCAACAUUUGAUACUUUACAGAAUACAUUCUAGAAUAGGGACAACGCCCAAUCAUUGAUUUACUUACACUUAGCAGCUGUGGCCUUUUCUCCCUCCUUUCCCCCUUCCCUCUUUCCUCUAUUAGUUGCUUUCAUUUUCACUUCAAAAGAUCACCAUUACAUUACCAGUGUUAAUUUGUUAGGACAAGUGUUAUAGACAAACAACACUGGUAAGCAUGUUGUCCCCCUAUGACUACACAGCAUGUGAGAAUUACUUAGACAAGAAUACAGAGGCAUAUGCAUUAAUUCUCACAAUGCUUCCGUUCCUUCCUCAUCAACAUUGAAUACAACAGAGCAAAGCCUCAGUUUUCCCUUCCAGUCAGUGAAAAGCACCAUGGGGAGACAGGGAGAGUUAUUCCUAUAUCUCACUUCCUCCUGCAAGUUCCUUUUAGGGGCCAAAUCAUACUUCGUUUUAAUCAUGCUUUUUAAAAAGUGCACCUAAUGUUGCUGUUUCUUUAUUUUGAAGAAUAAAAAGAAGCCUUGGGUUUUGGGGCAAUAUGAAUUGAGCUCACAACAGAGCCUGUCACACUGGUUUCCCACAAAAAAACCCUUCUCACCCCCCCUCCUGCUGCUUUUUGCUCUCAAAGAUGCUGAGCCAGUUUGACACAACUGAAGUGUGCUUUGCUUUGACAGAAGGAUUGUGCAGUUUGAAUUGUGCUCCUCUACCUGAAAACUAUCUGGAGCAAAGUCCUGGCCAUUUUCUUUAGUAACCCCAGUCUUUGAAGUUGGCAGCAGGGCCAAAAGUGGGCAGUGGCUACAAGGUGAAGUUGCAAGCAGUGAAAAUGAAAGGAAGAGAGGGCUCUUUAGGGUUGCUGCUACUAACCUUGCCUUAUAGCCCCACCGUAUGCAUCAUUAUGUGGCAGCACCAGGGAAUGCACCAGGAUUAGGAUCGCAGCUGUUGUACAUCAAAUGAGUGCUGACAGUGCCUCAACAGACAGGAGACGGAAGUUCAGAGCUUGCUAUUUAAUUUGCUGCCUCUCCCAUCCCAGCAUGGGUCUUUUUAUUGCUCCCAUUUAUUGCUGAAACUUAAUGAGUGUUUGUGCAUAGGAGUUGCUGCACCUCUUUUAAUUGAACCAACUUCUAAUUAAUUUUCUGGAUGCAAUCAUCACCUGAGGAAAUAAUUUGUCUCGAUAUGUGUGGCUGACUUUUUCUUUGGUUUUGCUAAUAGAAACUGCCUUGCUCUCUGGCAUCUGCAAGGUACACUACUUUUUCUCACCAGGGCAGCAGUUCCAAAAGAUAGUGCAAGAUUCCCAGAAUGAAUUGGAUCCUUGGCUUUCAAACUCCCAGGAGCAGGAUAUUUAUAUACUCAGAAAGUUGCUUUAUCACAUUUGAAGUUAAUAUUAGUAAUUGCUCUAAGUGUUGGAGCCAAACCAGAAAAAUUUAAUGAUGCCCGAAGCUGCACAUAAAUGAAUAGAAUAUGCUUGGAUUACAACUAAUCAGCCUCAUUGAUUUCAAUGGAGCAAGAACAGAUUACUUUUCCUAAAUUAAGAUCACUGUUUAAGCACCUACCAGCUGGAAGCUGUAGGAGGACAAAGGGAGAUUACAUUGUCCGCUUGACACCUAUCAUCCAGAAUCUGUUGUCUUAUCUGGCAUAAGGAAUUUCAGUAAUUAUACCUAGUGUACAAGACAGCAGAAAACGUGUUUCUUUUCCUUUAUAGACUGGCAAACAGAUAAUAAAACUAGAGUUUAUUACUACUUGUCAGAGGACAUCUGAAAUUCUAGAUUUCCUAAGCACGAAGGGGGAGGAAACGUUUCCUAGGAUAUAUCAUAAGUUUAGAUUGAAACGAGAAUGACUUUUAAUUGUUAAAUGGCUAUAAAGUGAUUUUGGGGGGGGGUGAAGAACCAAAUUAAACAAGACAGAUGCUAGUAAUGCAGCUGCAUUGUGGUGCUCAGAUCACAUAUAAACUCAAGUGUUAACCUGGUUAAAGUCUGGUUGAAAUUCUGCUCCUAUGCAUUCACUUGAAUCCUCAGGUUUCAUUUCCAGAUCAGAUUAUACAAACUGUUACAAACAUGUUGGACUUGCUGGACAACUUGCUUCUUACAUAACUGUUGAAUUUGGUAGCACUUUGGCUGCUAAAACUCCUUAGCAGGGUUUGUAACAUGUAAGUGAAGAAGCAAAGUGCAGGGUAAGGAGGGUGGGAAGCUGCUAUUCCUAUGCUGGGGUGGCAUCAGUUGAGCUCAGAGUAGACCUAUUGAAAUUAAUGGACCUUAGUCAUGUUGAUUAAUUUCAUUGUGUCUACUACGUAAAAUUUAGUUGAUUCCCACUCUGGUCUUUAUAUGUUGUUUACCCUUUUCAUGUUGUUUAUAGACCAGAAACGUAGGAAGCUGACCUUAUUCUGAGUCAGACCACUGGUUCAUUGAGUUCUGUAUUGUCCACUCCCUGACUAGCAGCUGCUCUCCAUGGUUUAAGGCAGGGAACCUUCUUACCCCUUCUUGAAGACACCGGGGAUUGUACUUUGGGCCAUCUGCAUUCAAAGCACAUGUCUGACUACUGUUAUAGAAAAAUCAGCUCUUCUCCAAACUGAUUUUAUUUAUUAUUAACCCAGGAGCUAUUCUGUGUGGGUGGCAUAUAUGGUACAUUUAACUCACAAAGAAAUUGAUGAUAUAUCUUGAAGCUGGGACAGCUCACUUGGUAGAGCAUGAGACUCCUACCCUCAGGGUUGUGGGUUCAAGCCUCACAUUGGGCAAAAUGCCCUCAGGGUCAUGAACAUUGGGCAAAAGAUUCCUGCAUUGCAGGGGGUUGGGCUAGAUGACCCUCGUGACCAGCUCUACAAUUCUUUGAUCUAUGACUUCCUACAAAGGCAGAGAAACUUGCAGGACAGAAAUAAAUCUGGGCUUGUAUGUUUUGGCAACUGAUGUUGUCAGGCCACUUUUGCACAGGCAUCUGUGAGUGUUUCCCUGCUCCAGCUCUCCAGAAUUUCCCUGAUGUGGCUUCUUUUCACAUCUUGCUAGAAAGAAAAGAAGAGUGGUGGGAGGAAUUAAAUGUCUCGGAAGGGGUGAGGGAGUGGCUUUCUAACAGGGGAAGGCUGAAACUGUUGACUUUUCUUUCAGUGGCUCCUGCAGUUUUGAGCAGACUCCUCCUGAAUCCCUGAGAGGCAACAGAGGUUCCUUUAUGGUGUGGGGUUUCAGGUCUGAAAAGUGCCCUGCCACUUGGCACUGGAGCCCUGGUAGUUGCGAUAAGGACAAAACAGCUUCACCGCAGCAGGAAGAGGAGCAGCGGUGGCAGGAUCAAGUAAGUCUAAGGGGCUUGCUUUCUCUUGGCUCAAACAGCAGGAAGGAAACGGGAGCGAGUGGAUGAGUUGCAUCUUUGACUCGAGUCUCUGUUGCAGGCUGAAUGGACCAGGCUGAAUGGGAGCCUGAUCACGUUUACUCCAGUGGAAGGAUUUUCAGCGUAGAGAGCAAGAAGGACAGCUGAAGCCAUAUUAGAAAUGAUGAAAGUCGGGAAAGGGGUGAAUUUAAAAGCAUUAAUUGAACUCAGGUCUUAGUUCUUUCAGUUUCAGGUUAUCUCUUGUCGGUAUUUUCAGCUCACCUUGCCUUCAGGGGGUUUUUUUUAGGUAGCAGUGUAUCUGCCUGCAAGUGUAAGAAAUGCAAAUGUGUGUGCUAGUGUGUGCUUUCCAGCCUUUUCUGAUGUUCUUUUAAAAUUUCCUUUGGGAGCAUAGGAAGCUGCUUUAUACUAAGUCAGACUCUUAGUCCAUCUAGCUCCCUAUUGAACUGACUGGCAGCUUCUCUCCAGUCCUACCUGGAGAUUAAACCUAAGACCUUCUGCAUGCAAAGUAAAUGCUCUCUUAUAAUUAUUACAUCAUCUUUUCCCCUUACAGGGACUUAAGGCGGCUUACAGUUUAAAAUAAGAACAUCUGAAAGUAGGGUGGGGUGGGGGUGGAAUAAUUGAAAAACCACAUACAGAUAAUUGCAAUAAAAACAGCAUGGCCCAGUCAGUACAGUCAUACUUCAUGUUGCGUCCACUUCAGGUUACGUGUUUUCGUGUUGUGUCCCACGGCAAGCCGGAAGUACCGGAACGGGUUACUUCCGGGUUUUCCGCAUGCACAGAAGCGCUAAAUCGCACCGUGCGCAGAUGUGGCACUUCAUGCUUGUGUCAGUUCUGUGUUACGGACGGGCCUCUGGAACGGAUCCCGUCCAUAACAUGAGGUUCCACUGUGUCUUAUUUCGUGCUUGCACACAUGUCUUUCUGUAGGGGAUAUCCUAAUACAGAAGCGGGGAACCCAAGGCUUGGGUGCUUCUUUGUCUGGCCCUUGGGACUUUGCCCAGGCUGCACCUUCACUGGCCCUGCCCUGCUCUCUCCUUGAGUGCCUGGGUGGAUGUGUGUGUGCACGUAGAAAGCUCUGAAUUUUUCUUUUGCUGGAAUUUAGCCUUCUGUACAAAUCUGAGAGUCACAUCUGUUGCCUCAUCCCCUUUUUUGCCACCCAGCUCUGACAUAUGGCAUCCAGAAGGUUGCCUGCAAGAGUAUGCAGCCCCUGGACUGAAAAACUGUUCCCCUCUCCCGCUUUAUACAUUUAUUUAUACAGUGUCUUUGUGUCUGUGGUUUUCAAAUGCUUAAAAUUGGCCAUUAGUUACCGGGGAGAAAAAACACAGGCCAUUUUCAUUCAAUGGCGUAUGUCCACACCAAGCCAAUACAGAACUAAGACUUAAGCUUUAAGGUAUUUUAGGGUAAGAUAAGGUUAAAUAAACUAAGGUAAUUUGAAUAACAGAAUAUGGGGAAAGAUGGAAAGGAUUUGUUGAGCUAAUUAUUAGGUUAAAUUGUUAAGAUAAAUUUUGUAACAAAAAUUGAGAAAGAGGGAAAGAAUUUGCUGAAAUAACUAAUUGAACUAGAAUGCAAGAAGGGAGGUGUGAGGAGGUCAAUGAAACAAGCAAAUGGAAGUUAUAGAUAUGUAAUUUGGGAUUUGUGGGGUUUUUUUGUCUUCCUUUUUUCUUUUUAUCUUUUUUAUCUUUUUUAUCUUUUAUCUGUUGUAUUGGUUUCUGCGUUUUUCCCCCCUUUUUAUGUAUUAUUGUGUUGCUUUUUAUUUUUUCUUUAUUUUCUAUAAUUUUGAAACUACUAAUAAAUAUUAUUUUUUUAAAAAAAACAAUACAGAACCUUGCAGUCUCCUAUUUGCAGCCAUUUCUCAAUACAAAAAGACGCCAUUGCUAUAUAUAAUUGUGAAUAAAUAAAUGAGCAUUACUGCCAAAGCUGCAGUCCAUAGUUAAUACUGAAAAACAACGAAACACCGCCAGAUAAUAUAUCCUAUACUUGCAUUGUAGCUACACCAUGUCCUGAGGUCUCACGAUCACAGUGCCUUUUCGCCAUAUUGCUUAUUUUGAAUGUGUAUUAACAUUAUUAUAUAUUAUCUGCCUUUCACCCUAAGGUAUCAUGGUGGGUUACAACAGUUUAAAAAUACAUUAAAAAUGGUUAAACGAAAACAUACAAUUACAAAAAAAAAUUACAAAACAUAGUGAACCCCGAAACUACACAUCUCAUGAUUUGGUGGUAUGGGAAAAAGCCCUUUUUGUCAUCUUUCCUUGUAUAUUCCACUUGCUUAGUUAGUUGCAGGUUUGUUGCAAAGCAUUAUUUGCUUAGAGGGCAGGUGCAAAUUAUAGUUUGCUGGUUUUAGAGCGUGCCACAAACUAGUAACUUUAACAAGUGGAAACAAGAUACUGCAUGUGAGAAACUGUCCAUGCAAUGGCUUAAUUCUUGUGCUUUUUUUAUUUUUCUAUCCCUGUUGCAUAUUUAAUCACUUUCUACAACUUUUUAAAAAUUUCUGCUUAGUUGAUAUUGCACUUUUUAACCCCAAUGUAUUUAUCCCCCUAUUUUUCCUGCAUCAGUUGUUUGGCACAUAGCAUUGCAAAGAUGCAUUCCUCAAAAUCGCGUACCUUGCCUAUCUACCAGCCAUCAGAUCAUAUAUUCAGAGUGCAUGCUUCAGCCUCCCUACUUCCUUUUUGCAUAGCUGUUUGCUGAGCUGAGACUGAAAUGCCAUGCUUGAACUUGCAGAUUGAUCAAUGUGUGUGUGUGUGUGUGUGUGUGUGUGUGUGUGUGUGUUUGUGUUUAGCAUUUAAUGCGCUUAUCUUUUACCCAUCUGUAUUGCAUUUCUCCUACUGUUGUGUUAAUUAUGUACUUGCAGGGGAAGGAACCAUUGGUGACUUGCACUAUUCUAAUGCUACAUUGUCAUCUUAGGAUGAUAUGGCUGAUAAGGAGAAGCCGGGGGGAUUUUUUAAGGCUGCUUUCAAAUGUAUAUGAAAAUAGGAGUCCACAUGUGUUUUGGUUCCAUGGGAUGAGUCUUUACCUUCCUUUUCCUACGUAUGAUUGUUUAAACGUGCAAUCAUAUUGUGCCCAAUUUUUCUAUUUAGGCUUAAAAACUACUCCAGGGAGAUGUGAGGGAGUUUUGUGCCGCAGGUGUCCAGCCAAUAAGCACUCUUUCAUCUUUUCUUUUUCAAGCUGAGAUAACUUGUUCCCCCUGGGCUGGGUCCCCAGCAAGAAAACUGUCCACCUGACAAGUAGUUAUUUAAAAUCAUCAUGUGCCACCUUUCACCAAAAUGAUUACAAGUUGGUUUACCUGCUACUUCCUCCCCCCAACAAAAAAAAGUUGCCCACCACAGGAGUAUAUCGCCUGUUUUUAUGUACUACAACUCCCGUCAUCCCUGAACAUUAGCUGUGAUGGAACCGAUAGACCAAAAUAUCUGGAGGGCACCAAGAUGGGGAAGACUGCUUUAAACUCUACCUGACCCAGAGUGCUUUUUUUGAAUCACACAAGAAAAGGGGAGUUCAUACAUUUCUUGAACAGCUUGUAACUUGUGACCACUUCAGGCAAAAAGAUGCCUGCAUUGGAGGAGGUUGAAUUAGAUGACGCUUGUGGUCCCUUCCAACUCUGCAAUUCUAUGCUUCCAGGUUCUUAGGUAAUUCAUAUGUUUCUUGAACAGCGUUUAUACUAAUUGGUUGCUAUAACAUCUGUUCUCAACUAAAUAGACUCUGUACUCACUGGGGACAUAAUCCAAAACUUCCAGUCAUGCAGCCCACAUGCCCUCUUGCCCCACAGAAUAUAGGAACACAGGAAGCUUCCUUAUACCAGGUGACUCUCCACCUACCCCAGUUGUCUAUCUAGCAGCAGUCCAGGCUGUUAGGUAGAGGGGUCUUUCCUACUCUAUUCAUCCUCUCUUGCCAGGGAUCUUCAGCAUGCAAAAAUACGCUCUGUUACUGAGCUAUGGUUUCUUCACAACUGCUUCCCUAACACUUGGGAAAUUAAGAUUUUAUCUAUGUAUGACAGAGUUUCGGAGCUUGUUUUGUUACAGAGGGAGGAAGAAAACCCCACUUUCCCACGGCCUGUGUAUUUUGGUCUCACAGCCUUUGCACAGCGCUUCUGUUUAAAGGUUGGAGGGGUGAUGGCAUAGAAUGACCUUUUCGUCUCUCUCUGAACAGGUCGACUCUUGUAAUGCCUGCCUUCCGCUUAUUGUUCAGCUAGAAAGACAUGAGUUCAAAAGUCAGAGGAGACUUGUCAGAAUGCGGCGUCCCAGGACUCCUUGUUUCGUCUUGACUUUCCUGCUCUCCUCGAAGUGCACUGUGACAAGGAGACGUCAAGGACAGUGUCGAGGGAGCAGCGUAUAA